UGCAAACACUGCAAAGACAUGAGGAGAGCCGCAUUACUCUGGUGGUGCCGUAUUGAAUGAGGUUUGGCUGCACUGUGCUGCCGUAGAACACUGGAACGCCCUCCUAGUGACAGUCUAACAUGGCUGCUGUGGCAAAAGCGUAGAAACUCAGAACACAUUUGCUCUCCAGCUCUGGGCACUUAGUUCAGGGUGAAGAAGGGCGGAAAGAGACGCCUUUUCAAUCCCACUUUUUCAGGAAACUCAAAAAGGUAAUUUGUAAACUGAAUUCUUACGACUGACGCUUUCGUAGCCUGUGCAAAACUAGGUACAACAACAAAAAAAAAGAAAGGAAAAAAAGAGACAAGUCCUCUGACUGAAGAGUUUCCUUUAUGUGUCUGUGUGCUGAUGGGCACUGACGAGCAGUAUCGCUUCACGAAAAGGCUGGUUACAGCAACAGCUUUGCUCCCAGGCACGCUUACAAACGUGUGUAGGACCAGGACAGUGUACUGAGGACCACACUUCACUGGAUACGUUUGGGAAUUAGCUUGGCAGGCAGAAUGUUUCCCGUAAAGCCUCUGAAACCAACUUUCAAAUCCUACCUCCCUCCCCUGCAGACAGAAGUGAAGAACAGUCCCCAGCCAACUGUAAGGAAGUUAGAAGCAAAACUACUACCAGGGGAGAUUGUUGUCAACGAAGUUAACUUUGUAAGGAAAUGCAUUGCGACUGACACAAGUAAGCAAGACCUUUGGGGGAAACUGGUCUGCACAAACUUCAAGAUCUCCUUCAUUACUGAUGAUGCAGUGCCUCUUCUGAAAUUCCAAUACAGAAACAAGCUUCUAGGAGAACAUGACAUUCCCUUAACCUGCAUAGAGCAGGUGGUGACAGUAAAUGACGCAAAGAGGAAGCAGAAGGUGCUCGGAUCAAACCAGAAGCUCAAGUUUAAUCCCACCGAGUUAAUAAUCUACUGCAAGGACUUCCGCAUUGUGCGCUUUCGUUUUGAUGAAGCCGGGCCAGAGAGUGCAAAAAAGGUUUGUCUUGCUAUUGCCCAUUACUCGCAGCCAGCAGAUCCCCAGCUCCUCUUCGGAUUUGAAUAUGUUGGAAAGCGGUAUUAUAAUCCAGCUGGAGACAAAGUAAACGGUGUAGACCCGGGAGGAGGAGGUGAUGGAGGUGGUGGGGUGGAGGGUGUGCAGACUCCCCUAUUCGACAGGUCCUCUGACUGGGACAGAGAAAUCAAACGAACUGGAGGGUCUGAGUGGAGAGUGUGCUCUAUCAACGAGAGCUAUGUCAUAUCGCUAAGUCUUCCUGAAUACUGUGUGGUUCCGGUUUCACUGGCAGAUCAGGACCUCAAACAGUUUUCAAUUUAUUUCACUGGACAACGCAUCCCACUGUGGUGCUGGAAUCACCCAAAUGGGAGUGCUCUGGUGAGAAUGUCUACUAUUAAGGAUAUGGUUCAACAAAGAAAAUUAGACCAAAGGAUCUGUAAUGCUAUCACAAGAAGCCACCCCCAAAGGAGUGAUGUUUACAAGUCUGAUUUAGACAAGAGCCUUCCCACCAUUCAAGACGUCCAGGCUGCUUUUGUCCGGCUCAAACAUAUCUGUGUUAUUGACCCUUUUGAAGAGUCAGAUGAGAAAUGGCUGUCCUCCAUGGAAAGCACACACUGGCUGGAGUAUGUCAGGUCAUUCCUGAAACACUCAGCUGAGCUUGUGUAUAUGCUGGAUGGAAAGCAUGUUUCUGUCAUUCUGCAAGAGGAGGAAGAUCGGGACCUGAACUGUGUGAUUUCCUCCCUCGUUCAAGUGAUGCUGGAUCCUCAUUUCCGCAGCAUCGCUGGCUUCCAGAGCCUGGUGCAGAAAGAGUGGGUGAUGGCAGGGUACCGAUUCCUUGACAGGUGUAACCACUUGAAGAAAUCUGACAAAGUGGAGUCUCCCUUGUUCUUGCUCUUCUUGGACUGCGUAUGGCAGCUGCUGGACCAAUACCCUGCAGCCUUUGAGUUCACAGAAACCUACCUGACUGUGUUGAGUGACAGCUUAUGGAUCCCAGUCUUCAGCACUUUCCUUUUCAACUGUCCUCAGCAGCAGGCAGAGCACAGCAGAGAAUUUGCAAGAAGUAAAAACAUCCACCUGGGAGAUGAAAAGGUUCUUCAGUUUCCUUCUGUCUGGGAUUGGUCCCAGCAGUUCACAGCUAAAGAUCAGGCUCUGUUUAACAACCCUUUGUAUGUUGGGAAGAGUGCAACCUGUGUACAGAACGGAGCUGUAAAAACAUUUAAAAGGACCAAGAAAAACUACAGCUCCACCCUGCGCGGCAUGCCUUCCCUGAGGAACGGGCUGCUGAGCGAGCAGGAGUUAAUUCCCAGGAGGAAUUCUUUAGUGCUGAGGCUGAAGCCUGAGUUCUCUCUGCUGAAGGAGCCCCAGGAGAGCCCGUCGGAUCAGUAUAUUCGAGAAUGGUUUUCGAAGCCUGCUGACCUUCAAGGUCUGAUCCUUCCCCAGCUUCUUUCCUCGCACAUCAAAGUGUGGAAGUUGUGUUUCUUGCGCUGGAUUCCUGAGGCCCAGAUUAACAACGGAGGCUACAUCACUGCCUUCCAC